AUGCCAAGCAACACCUGUUCUCACUGGCGAGGGGAGCAUGCAUCUGCUGUUCCAUAUUUCAGGGGUGCAUGUGUUUUGUGUGUUUGCAGGACCUUAUGCAUCUGCGAGACAGGUGGCUUUACUGGCCUCGCUGUACACCUGAGUGGUACCUUGUGCACCCACGAAAUGUUCUGUGCUGUGUGUUACUGUGUUGUUGUGGUGAUGCUCGGUGCCACAAGUCAUCCCAUUACCCAUAUAAUUCACAUUGUUUUAUUGUACAUUGAAUUGUGCUUAUUGUUACAACUGGACUCUCCACACAACCUGUGCCUCAUUUCUCUUUGCAUUCUAUUCCCUUCUCUUUUAUUUUUGUACUCUCCCUGCAGUUUCAAGACACAAGCUAUGCACUUCCACACUCCCAAGGCCACAGGUGUGGCACACUGCUGCGGCCGCACGUACUUCCGCCCGCUGCUGUGCCUCACUGCACUGCUGUGCCUCAUCCACCUGCUGGUGUACACCCCACACAGCGCACUGUGCCAAGGCACCGGUAUAAAAAAUGACACUGUAAAGUUGUUGGCAUUUAGACUAAUAGAUUAUCCAGUUUCCGCAAACCUUAUAAAUGGUAUAGAUGCUGGAUUUAAUGCCUCCCUUUUUUCAUAUAAUUUCACCACAGUUGAGGGAGUUCGUGUUGAAAUAAUUCUUAAAGAAACCGCAAUUGCGAAAAUUGGAGCCACUGUUGACGAUGCAAUAAAUGAACACCCUGAAAUAAUGGCUGUACAAGGACCUUUUGGUGAUGCACCAUUGUCGUACGCUAUGUCUGCCAUUAAGAAACACAAUCUUGUGGCAUUUGGACCACUAACUAUUUCCAGCAACGUAAGGACAUGGGAUCCAAACUUGUACUUUGUACGCCCUGAUCCUGGUGCUGAAUUAUUGGCAAUGGUACGCCACGCUAUUGGUUCUCUGCGAGUAAGAAGACUGGGAUUCAUGUAUCUGCAAGGUGUGGCAUAUGGUGACCUUGAAUACGUUCAAUUACUAAAUGUUCUGUCAAAAAUUGGUUACGAAUUAAGUAGUGUGUUUACAGUGAAGAGCUCUCUUACUGUUCCUGCUGAAGAUGCUCUUUUCAAUGCUACUUGGGAGGCCUUCGCGGACACCCGCCCCCAAGCUGUUUUGAUAUUUGGCUCUCCUCUACAAGAUACUGCGAAGUUCAUCCAGCGGAUGCUGACAGACAAGCGUACUGCUGGUGCCUAUCUAUUAGGUCCAUCAGGUGUGCAGGAAAUGUUGGUACGUGUAUGGCGUCGGGCUGUAGAGGCAGGUGUUCCGUUUGUGAGUGGUCAAGUAAUUACGACAGGGACGAACCCACUCGCGACGGACACACGGUAUGUAGCUAUGGAACGAUUCCAAACAGCAAUGGAGAAGUAUCUAAGAGAAAGCGGACAGACUUUCUUUACGGACCAUCAGCACUUUCUCAAAAAUGAUGAUGAUGGUGCGAUGAUGGUUGCUGGGUGGAUGUCUGGUGAGGUCUUUAUGCAAGCGAUAAGCAGCAGAUUAUGGCUAAAGGACAUGGAUACCUUCAUUACAUCUCUGUUUAACCAGCGCCGGUAUUUGAUUGAUGAACUUGUGAUUGGGGAAUUCGGUGGUGAGUGCAGCGAUACUGCUGUUUCCAUGGGAGCCGUUUGCCGCUGUAACCAAGGUGGUCGCACGGUGUUUAUGUAUCAUUUUGUGGAGAACUUUCGUGCCGUAAAUAUGGAUGAUGAUCUGAUGACAGUUGAUCCUUUUCAGUGCUACAGCACAAGCUUAACUCUUUCUUCACCGUUAAAUGGGAUCUCUAUGAUAUUCGCAGAUAAUCCAAUGGCAAUGCGUGCAAUGGAUGAGUCUUAUGUUGGUGUAGCCGCGGGCAUUCUUCAUGAAUCAUCAAGUACUACAUCUCAUCCCCUUCACUCACAGGUACUUGUAGUAGUUGAGUCUAACGCGGUGCAACUACUACAAAAAGAACUAGAAGAUAAACAUGUUCACAUGUUUGCUGGUAUUGCUAUUCUACCUUUACUAACCGUGACGGAUUUAGCCUUUAUUGACCCACUGUUUUUACAGCCGCGGCUGAACAAGUUCAGGAGGCACGUGAUCCACCUGUCACCCACGGUGGAGCAGGAGCUGUUCGUGCUUGCGCAGUACCUCGGGAACACGAGUGAU